AUGAGCAAGUCGAAAAAGAAAGAUUAUUGGGCAGAUGUAGGUAAUGGAGAGGGUUUUCUUGCUGCUGUCGGCCAACUCGGAGCGGAUUAUAAACAACUGGACGCCAAAGGUGAGGGCUGUCAAAAAUCCGACGGUGUAUGGGGGCGGUUGGCAGAAUUUGCAAAACUUGACAACAAAGCAACGUACGAUGCACGACAAUGGCUGUACACGAUGUGGAAAGGCGAUCAACGAAAAGUUCGUACAACAUUUUUAAGUAUACAAGUUACUGACGUUUUGCCAGAUGGUUCACACGAAUCAUCUGAUAAUAUUACCAACAAAGCUAGUCAGAAUAGUGACAAGGUAGAAUUAUGUCCUGUAACAGUAGAUAUUAAUAUUGCAUCUGAGCCAAAGCAAAAGGGUGAUCCAUCGGUUUUUAAAGUCGUGAUUGUUGGUGAGAAAAAUCACAAUCCGAAACAGCAAAAGGUAGGUCGGCCAAUUACAGGACCACUUCGAGAAGCGAUCGCGAAAGAGGUGAAAACCAUUGGAGCAUUAGGUGUUUAUGAACGAAAUUUAAGACAUGCUAACGAAGAGUUAUUGAAAGAAGGAAAUUUCAGUGAAGUUCCUACAAAGGAAGUAUUGGACAAAAUUAAACAGGAAUAUGACAACAAAUAUCGUCUUGAUGAAAAUUGCUACAAAGAAAGAUAUUGUAAUCUAAAAUUGUAUAAACGUCUUUUCUUACAAUUUCUAGGAUUUAUACAAACCAUUGGCGAAUGGCCAUUCACUGUUCAUUUUUUCACCGAAAUACAAAUUGAUCGAUUUGUUAAAUAUUGUCGGAGUGAUAAAUACUCUUGUUUACAUAUCGAUGCUACCGGCUCUGUUGUACGCAGUUUAAAAGAUCAGAAAGACGUAUUCUUCUACUGUCUUGUCUACCGACAUGAUGACUCUUCAAUUUUACCACUUACCGGAGCACUUCUAACCGACCAUACAGCUGCCUCGAUCACCUCAUAUUUUCUUUCUGUCAGAAGUAAAUUGCUGUUACGAAGCAAAAUUGCACGUCCCGCAUUCGUCGUAAUCGACUUUUCGGCAGCAUUAAUUAACAGUGUACUUGCUUCGUUCAAUGUGGAAAACAUCCAUACCUACUUACGGCGAUGCUACAACACAAUCAAUAGUAUGUACAAGACUAAACAAUUACGUAAUAUGACAUUUUUACGAUUGUGCUGUUCGCAUGCAAUGAAAGCAUUUUCACGUGGUCUGUUCAAGAUAAAUGUUUCGAAAGAAGCUCAUCACCAUUUAAUGACUUUCUUCGCUAUACUACUAAAUUCGACAAACAUUGCCGGUAUUUUUGAUUUAUAUCGAUGUAUUAUACAUAUUUACGGAGAUCCAUACUGUGACACUCCAUACACAACAUUGGCUUCACUUUUGAAUAAAUCCGAAUUAGAUGGGUUUGACGUUGAACCAUAUUUAGAAGAAUGUAAUGUUCAAGAUGAUAAAGAGCUGAAACAAGAUUUUUUGGAUGAAACUGACAUCACAACGGAUGCAAUCAUUCGACAAUCACCAUUUAACAUCAAAGCACGCGCCGACAUUCCAGCAUUAAGUAGAUUUUUCGAACGAAAAAAACUUGAUGAAGAGCCACGUAAUCAACUCUACUCGGCAAAAGUAGUUCAUUUAUUACACAAAUGGUUUGCUUAUAUACCGCUUUGGUCCGGAAUACUGGUUGGCUUUUAUGAAAGAUACGCAAAAGAUAAAAAAGCUGUAUCUACAAAUCAAUGGCAAUUCGGAUACGGCCGCGUGUCGAAUGCUUCUAUUGAAACAUAUUUCCGAACUAUAAAGUCAUCUGUAUUGGAACAUCACACUACCCUGCGACCGAAUGAAUUCUUGAUGCGAAUUCAUAAUCAUGUUAUAGCUCGUAUGAAAGGCGACCAAUUUGGUGUCGCGCCAGCAUCACACGGCCGAAGGAAAAAGAAGGACGAAGCAGAUGAUUUGAACAUAUUGGACAAAUGGAAGCGAAGACAAAAGAAAAAUCCGAAAGGUAGCAAACAAACAUCACAUUUUAAUGACAAUGUCAGUAAAAUGAUUGCGUGUAAAAUAGCUGACUCAGACUCCGAUAAAUCAAGAAAUUCUUUUAAUGAUUGUUCGAUUGGAUUUUCUGUUUUUUCAUCACAAAUGCCGUGUAUAGUCGACGUCAUCUCUUGUGAUCCUGAAACGAAUUCGCCGUCCACAUCGCCAAUCAAAAUCGAUGCACCGCCGAUCACGAAUUCUUCUUCUUCUGAUAAUAUCUUUUUGGCCUUAUCGGCUAUUACUAAUUCGCAUUUAUCACGAGCAUUUUGUUCGAAACGCUUACAUUCUUCAUCAAAUAGUGACCGCUCUACUUCCACAGAGCAACUAAUGAAACAACCGUGUCCGAAAAAAACAAGCACAUGA